CUGUCUUCAACUGAAGUAGAAGUCGAAGAAGACAUAUAGACCACCCACAGCGCGAAAAAUAGCAAGUUGCCUCAACGGACGUCAGCGAUGGCCGUCAACAUCCCGGAAGUUAAGCCAGCCGAAAAACCGGUUCCUGCGGCCGUUUGUAUGGAUGGUGCCCUGGUUCCCGUUGGCGCUGCUCCCAUUGUUCCCGCCCAGGUUGCUCCAGCCCGCGACUACUACGACGAGCCGGAUGAUGCCGAUGACGGUGUUCAGAAGCAGCACAAGCCAGGCGUGCAGACUACGGAGCACGGCCCGAGCCUGACGCUCAUCUUCGGCUUGGCGGUCGUCGCCAUCACCUUGGCCGCCGUGCUCACCUUCUACGCGAUACAGCCAAACAGGCCUGAAGGGACACUCCCACGAUUCUCAACGACAGCGACCGCCUUGACGUACGACACGUCCGCCACGAACGUUACCGAAGAUGAGAAUGCCGACGACAGUAGCGGGAAUGCCGACGCCAGCGUCGUUAAAAGUGAUAGCGCUUUCAUUUAGAAAAACAAUUCAAACGGAGUGCUACCAGCACAUAUCCGGCAGACAACUUGACGCUUGCACAAUUCGUGUCUUUCUGUUCUUAAUAUUUUUUAACACUGGGCGUUAU